AUGGCGGCGGCGGGCGGGCAGGUCGUCGGUCUGAGGCGGCUGGUCGGCGUCGCCCUGUUCCUGUGGCAGCUGUCCGGACCGUCGGGCGGCGAAAGUUCAGUCACUCCACCUUACGUGAUGAAGUGUCCAAGCAACGGUUUGUGCAGCCGACUGCCAGCAGAAUGUAUCGAGUGCAGAACAAACUUCUCCUGUGUCUACGGGAAGCCAGUCACUUUUGACUGCACAGUAAAACCUCAAGUUGUCUGUGUCGAUCAAGAUUACAAAUUGCAAGAAAACUUUACCAUCAACAUGACUUGCAGCUUUUGCUGGCAGCUUCCGGAAACAGAUUACGAGUGUUCCAAUUCUACAAACUGUAUGACAGUCUCCUGUCCCCGACAACGCUACAGUGCCAACUGUACUGUUCGUGAUCACAUCCACUGCCUGGGUAAGCGUACUUUUCCCAAAAUGCUGUACUGCAACUGGACUGGAGGUUACAAAUGGUCUACAGCUCUGGCUCUCAGCAUUACCCUAGGUGGAUUCGGAGCGGAUCGUUUUUAUCUGGGCCAGUGGCGGGAAGGCCUGGGCAAACUCUUCAGCUUUGGUGGUCUGGGGAUAUGGACUCUCAUAGAUGUUCUCCUAAUUGGGGUUGGUUAUGUAGGACCUGCAGAUGGUUCCCUCUACAUUUAGACAAGGUCGAUCGGUUACGGUAAGAAGGCCUUAAUUAGCAACUGGCCUCUACUCUUUGUUCUACACAUCUGUGUUUUUAAUGUACAGUAUCUGUACUUUGCUUGCCUUAAUUAAGGUAAAAUAAAUAAGCGAAUCAUUGAUCCAUGUUUUUUUUUUUUUAUUUGCCUUCAUAUGAACGAGUUCUUAGUUUUUUCUAUGGAAAAGUUUUUUGGGUUUUUUUUUAAGUUGCACAGUUUGAAAACCAGAGGAACAAAUUGUGUGAAGUUCCAUUCACUUUUGGAUCGGUGUUUUGUGUUCUGUGGGGCUUUUAUGCACGUCAUGUCCUACACUUAAUCUGGAAGCUAGCAUAGCACUUGUGUGUAUAUAUAUUUCAUAGACUGUGUUUCUUCGUCUAGCUGUAAUUUAUUUUACUGUCUCUCCGGCAAGAUUUGUGAGUUUCUCAAUUAUGCUUGUAAAAAUGCCAAAAGUUUUAGUUCCGAACUUAAGAUAAACAAAAUUACUUAAACCACCUAGACAGUUAUUUCCAUCAUAGACUAUUUGCCUUGACCUUUAUCUCAAUCUCAGAUUAAAAAGUAAGCUACUUUUAUAGUAUUGUAAUUAAAAUCAGUCUAAAAAAAAAAAAAACCUGUGAACGUCCUUCAGUCAAAGCCCAGUACCUCAGCUAUUGCUCCAAUGUCAUCCAGCGACACAUAGCUUAAGGCUGAUGAAAAAUUUGGUCUUGCAAAGUGCAGUUGAUAAUAUCAAAAGAGUUACUGGCGUGACGAGCAUAACACUUGGAAGGCUGGAACGGUGACUCUGGAAAGAAAGGGGAGUCACCCUAAAGACAGAGAUUGACAUCUCCCCAUGCUGCUGUCACCACCUCACCCUGUGGCAGAGCAGCGAGGCCUGGAUGCCACGCAGAGGGAAUAUAAAAAAGCUCGACCAGUUUUAUCUGCGUUGUCUGAGGCGGCAAGCUGGCAAAAAUGGCAAGAUCUCAUCCCGAGCUCUGAGGUCCAGCACCGUUGUGGAAUCUCCGGCACCGAGGCGAUGACGAUCAGAGCUCAGCUGCGGUGAUGUGGACAUCUGAUCGAAACGGUGGGCUCGGCUCGGAAGCGUGCUCAAAAGGCGGCCAGAGGGGAAAGACGUACAGUGACAUACUGAAUAUGCUCUGUUGACCCUAGAGCUUUGGAAAUUGGAGCUCGAGGAGGGUUCUUCAGCACCGGAUCUGCCAUUAUGGCUAUUCAGUCCUCUGACAACAAACGUUUUACUGCUGCAAAGGAGAAAUGCACUCAGUGGAAAGUGGCUUCAAGUGCUGCAGAACACCCGGUGUCUCCCGUCUCGCCCUCUGCGUGUACCUCCAAACUCCCUGGAAGUAUUGGGAGUAAGACUUGACUGUCGUCUUUAAGUAUGAAAUUCCAGCAAUUAAAUUGAUGUCACUAAUUUUCACAAAUGUAUUGUUAAAACUAACAAUAAAUCUCCAAUGACUAUAAAGAAUGUU